CUCCACACCGGCAGCAUGAUCCUCAUCACCUGCAAAUAUAUAUUGGCGCACCGCGCAUGCAUGUAAAACAGACUGCCGCUAGUGCUCCUCUCGUCAGUGCCGCUCAGCAUUCGGCCGGCGGCGCCCGCAGAUGAGCAUCCAUGAGAUAGCAUAGCACUACCUGGGCGGGCUCAAAUAAUGAUGGCCUGCACCUGCAAAGUCAUGCAUCCUUGUGCGUCCUCCAUUUCGAUUCCACCCCUGAUGUGGCUAGCUGGUGCUAUAUUAGUGUGCUUCUGUCUUGGCUCUUGCAUUCAGACUGAGGUGUACUGUAAUAAGCAAUAUAUAUAGCCCAGCCGGCCGGGCGACAUGGUAGCCGCCAGAGCACAACUCGCCGCUCUUCUCCUCCUCGUCGCCGCCGUCUGCUCUGCCACCGGGUUCAGGCCGGGCGGGGGCGGCCCGCCGUCGGUAACGGAGGACACCCUUGAGAAGGUGGCCGCCUCGCUGGAAAUGUACGUCGACGCGCUCCCUCAGAUGCCUAAGGUCCUCGGCUACUCCAUCAAGCACGGCCGCCCCACGCCGACUCACCUCACCAUCGGGAUGUACCAGAAAAAGUGGAAAUUCCACCGGGACCUGCCGCCGACGACCGUGUUCGUGUUCGGCACGUCGGUGGAGAGCGCGACCUUCCCAGGGCCCACCAUCGAGGCGCUGCAGGGGGUCCCGCUGCAGGUGACGUGGGACAACCACCUCCCCGACCGCCACAUCCUGCCGUGGGACCCCACGGUGCCCACCGCCAUCCCCAGGGGCGGCGGCGUCCCCACGGCCGUCCACCUCCACGGCGGCGUCCACCCGCCGCAGUCCGACGGCCACGCCUACGCCUGGUUCACCGCGGGCUUCCGGGAGAGGGGCCCCGCGUGGACGACGCCCACGUACGCGUACCCGAACGUGCAGUCGCCCGGCGGCGCGCUCUGGUACCACGACCACGCGCUCGGCCUCACGCGCGCCAACCUCCUCGCGGGCCUCCUCGGCGCCUACGUCGUCCGGAACCCGGCGGCGGAGGCGCCGCUCGGCCUCCCCCGCGGCGACGCCUUCGACCGGGUGCUCGUGCUCGCAGACCGCAGCUUCUACGCCGACGGCUCGCUCUACAUGAACCGCACCGGCGACAACCCGGGCGUCCACCCGCAGUGGCAGCCCGAGUACUUCGGGGAGGCCGUCACCGUCAACGGCAAGGCCUGGCCGUUCCUCCGCGUCGCGCGCCGCCGCUACCGCUUCCGCGUCAUCAACGCCAGCAACGCGCGCUUCUUCAACCUCUCCCUGUCCGCCUCCUCCGACGGCCUGAGCCUGAGCCUGAUCCCGCUCCACGUCGUCGGCUCCGACACCAGCUACCUGCCCCGGCCGGUCGCCGUGACGCACCUCCUCGUCGCCGCGGCCGAGGCGUUCGACGUCGUCGUCGAUUUCUCCGAGUGCGCGGCCCCCGAGGCGGAGCUCGUCAACACGGCGCCGUACCCGUACCCCGACGGCGACGCGCCGAACCACCUCAACGGCAAGGUGAUGAAGUUCGUCGUCGAGCCGGCGAGGGUGCGGGACGACGACGACGACUCGAGGGUGCCGGCGCGGCUGCUGGACUACGUCAAGGUCGCCGAGGAGGACGCGGCGCGGAGGCGGUACAUCGUGUUGUACGAGUACGAGGACGAGGCGACGGGCGACCCGACGCACCUGUACAUCAACGGGAAGCGGCUGGAGGACCCGGCGACGGAGACGCCUCGGCCGGGCUCCACGGAGGUGUGGGAGGUGAUCAACCUCACGCAGGACAACCACCCGCUGCACCUCCACCUGGCCACGUUCCAAGCCGUGCGCGCGCGGGAGCUCGACGGCCUGGAGGAGUUCAAGCACUGCAUGGAGAGGCUCAACGACGCGGUCCGCUGCGACGUGGGCCGGCACGCCGUGGGGGAGGAGGUGGCCGUGCCGGAGCACGAGAGGACGUGGAAGAACGUCGUCAAGAUCGCGCCGGGGUUCAUGACCACGGUGGUCGUCAAGUUCCUCAUGGUAGACACCGGCAGGAGCUACCCGUUCGACGCCACGGCCGAGCCAGGAUACGUCUACCAUUGCCACAUUUUGGAUCAUGAGGACAACGCCAUGAUUCGGCCGUUGAAACUGAUCAAAUGAUCGAUGAUUCGUCCACUACUUGGGCUACAGAAUUUCACUGGAAAUAGCUCAUUCGUUUCAAGAGAAAAAAUGCGGUUAGCCAAACACUAAGUUAAGCAACCGAAAUGUAAAAUGGCUUCAGCUGUUAUCAGACUAUACAAAAGGCAACAAUGUUCUUUAAAUCUUUAGAGAUGUAAAAAGCUAAAGUAGAGGAAAUACAUACAAAGGCCAACAUACACUGUUGUUAUAUAUUUGGAUUCCUAAAUGCAAUCCAAAUGAAGGACGUUAAAUAAACCAUCCCAUUACGCUAUGUUUUUAA